UUCAUAUCUGUCAUUGUUUGAUCGUGAUAACUUGUUAUUGUGAUUUCUUUCGAUUUUUUUCACUAUUUUUUUUCUCUGUUUUAUCUAUUUACGUCAUUUGUCAUCGAAAAAAAUGUAUCCAUCAAAUUCAUCAUCAACUAAUAUCGAUGAUGAUAAUCAAUCAAAUGAAGAAUUGAAUUCGAUGUUAGCACAAUGUGAUGAAAUCGAUAAUCAAUUAAUCAAAAUGAUUGAAUCAUUAUCAUCAAAUUUGGAUAAAUUCAAUAAAUUCGAUCAAAUGGUGGAACAAUUGAAUCAAGCUGAAACAAAACUUUUAAAUUUUUCACAAAAAUUGGAUAAAUUAUUUAGCCAUCAUAAUUUAUCAUUGGAUUUAAUUGACAUUGAACAAAAUCAAAUCGAUAAUGAUGAUGAU